UUGGCUAGCAGUUUGGAGAGAUUAGCAGAUAACCUUCCUGCAGAUAAGUUUAAUUAUACUUCUCAGGCAUUCGAGGGGGAGAAACAAGCUCUUAUGAAAAAGAAAGGCGUUUACCCAAAUGAUUAUAUUACCAGAAUUCUCCGGCGACAUUUCACUUAUUGUUAAAGGGCGACUUAGUAUUCAAACUCAAUCCUGGCCCUACACUCUCCAUUCAAAGCCAAAGUAGACGAAAUUUUCAUAAUUAUGUUGAUAAUUUGAAUUCAAGGAAUGGAUCGAUCAGCUCACGGUAAACAUAAGAUGUUACUAAGUUGUUUCAAUGCACGCUCUGUAAGGAAUAAAACUGUGGAUAUUUUUAUUUUAUUUGUGAGAGUAUAGUGGACUUGAUUGCCAUUACAGAGACAUGGCUCACAAUUAAUGAUUCAGCCGUCAAAGCCGAACUGUGUCCUGAUGGUUAUAAACUGAUGGAACAUCCACGCACUUUGCGUCGUGGAGGAGGAACGGGGCUCUUAUUCCGUGAUACGCUGACCGUGAAAAUAGUGGAUGCUGGUGAAAAAGAUUCCUAUGAGUUUGCGGAAUGGAUAGUGUCAUCACCGCCUUACAAAAUACGGCUCGUUAUUGUUUAUCGACCGCCGUAUUCCGAGAACCAUCAAGCUCCAACUAAUGUUUUCAUCGACGAGAUUUCAGAUUAUUUAGAGUCUCUGCUUCUAUAUAAAGAACAACUUUUAGUAACUGGCGAUUUUAAUUUUCAUAUCGACAAGCUUCAAGAUCCUGAUUCUCUAAAAUUUCUCGACUUACUUCGAUCGUUUGGUUUACAACAACACGUUACUGAGGCAACACAACUUCAUGGUCAUAUUUUGGAUCUUCUAAUCACGCGUGUGUCUGAUAAUCUUGUACAUGGCGUACCGCUCACGCUCAUUGAUCGGUAUAUUUCUGAUCAUGCCAUUAUCAUGUGCUGGCGGUCUCUAUGUAAGCCUGAACUUUCUGUUAAGACUAUUACCUACAGAAAGCUAAAUACAUUGAUUUGAAUAGCUUCAGGAGUGAUCUCAAGAAUUCUGUGCUGUGUCAGUUUCAGAGCACAGGAGAUAAAAACAUUGCACACUUGGAUGCUGUUGGAUGCGAAACGCGUGAAAAACGCAGUGCGCAUGCGUUCAAAAUUAUACGCGAUACCAAAACAAACUAGAUUCCGGCCGCGAAAUUCAAAAAAGUAAGCUCCACACACAAAAGAUAAGCUUAGAAUUUCACGAACACAAAGUUUAUUAAUUGCUUUAGUUUCUCUCUUUUGCACCACAUACUUUCCUCCUUGCACCAAAGGCGAAAAUCAUGUUUGAAAGUCCACGCUCGCUCUGGCAGCACUUCGCCGUAGCCAUUGUUGCUGUUUUGGUCAUCAUGUCGCUGAGCUCGGUCAAUGCGAACAACGCAAACGACCAAUGCAUGCUAAGUGGAAAAACAAGGACGGAAAAACCUUGUACUGGACGACUUUACCAGUCAGUUAGUUAAGUUAGUUUAAGUAAUUUUUUGUUGUGCUUAAUACUAGAACCGGCUGCAAACCAUUAAACAUAUGAAACAUUCCUAAAUGUUUUUCAAUUUAAAUGGGGAAGAUUUUGCAAAUUUUAAUUAUUGAAAAUAGAGACCCUGUGCAUGCGCAGACGUUUUGCACGCGUGCCGUUGGAUGCCGUUGCCUACAUCACUAGUUGUGAACUGCCUUGACGAGUUGCUGCCAGUGAUCACUGCUGUGGAUAAUUUAUCAUUAAAAGAAGGUUAUUUUCCCAGUGAAUGGAAGGAUGCAAUUGUUAAACCUUUAUUUAAGAAGGCUGGACUGAGUAUGGACAAUAAGAACUUAAGGCAAAUGAGCAAUCUCCAAUUUGUUUCCAAAGUAACAGAGAGAGCUGUAUUUGACCAGUUACAUAAACACUUAGAAGACAAUGACUUGUAUCCUGUAUUCCAGUCAGCGUAUAUAAGGCAGCAUAGCACCGAAACUGCGCUCUUAAGAAUUUUCAAAGAUAUCUUGCACAAUCAAGAUAUCAUUGAACAUCAUGUUACGCUACAAGUCCUUAUGGAUUUAAGUUCAGCUUUUGACACCGUGGAUGGUGAUAUCAUGAUUCGCCGAUUUGAGAUGUCCUUUGGAAUCACAGGCACAGAACUGCAGUGGCUGAGGUCAUAUUUGCCUGGUCGCUCACAACAUGUCAUCGUGAAUGGAGAACGGUCGGAGAGCUUGAAUCUGCCUUUUGGCGUACCACAAGGUUCUUGCUUAGGGCCUUUACUAUUCACCUUGUAUUCUAGUAAGUUAUUUGAGGUAAUAAAACCUCAUUUACCUGAAGCGCAUGCAUACGCUGACGAUUCUCAACUUUAUCUAUCGUUCAAGCCUAAUAAUGAAGUGAAUGAAUAGGAAGCCGUUAAGUCAAUGGAAUUUUGUAUCAGAGCGAUUAGAACAUGGAUGUGGAUGGACAAACUUAAACUUAAUGAUGAUAAGACUGAAUUUAUGAUCAUUGGCAGUAGACAACAACUGGAAAAGGUUAGUGUCGCAGAACUGUCUUUUGGUGACAUCAGCGUUGCUCCUGUUAGUACUGCACGAAAUCUUGGAGUUCCGUUUGAUCGAAAUCUGAAGUUUGAUGCUCAAAUUACAAAAACAUAUUGUACAGGUUACUACUAUCUGCACAAUAUAAGAAAGAUCAGCAAAUACUUAACGUUGGAUUCAACCAGAUGUUUGGUUCAUGCACUGUUAAUAGGGCGCGUAGAUUACUGUAAUAGUUUACUCCACGGUCUCCCAAGAAAUAAUAUCAAUAAGCUACAGCGUCUUCAGAAUAUGGCCGCCAGGUUAACAACAAAUACUCCGCGGUUUUGUCACAUCACACCUGUUUCAGGAUUAAAUUCAAGGUGAUACUUAUAACACGUAAAGCAAUACAAGGACCAGUUCCAUAUUACAUACAAAGUUUAAUCGGAGUCAAGGAGAAGUCCUCCUACAACCUUAGGUCAAAUGAUGACCUGUUACUUGCUCCACCGAAGUUCAAGUCUAAAAAGACCUUAGGCGACAGGGCUUUCCAAAAUGGCUGUGUCGACUCUAUGGAACAAACUUCCAAGUGCGUUAAGGAUGGAAACAAGCUUGAAGCCUUUUAAAGCCAAACUGAAAACUUUACUUUUUAAAGAAGCCUAUGAUUUAUAGUUUUAAGACUCAUAAAUGACUUGUCUAUUGCCGUUUUUAAGAUGAUUUCAAUUACUUAGUUUCAAUACAUUUUUUUAAAUCGAGUCUUAUAAUUACCUUUUAAAUUGUAUAUAUAGAGAGAUUUAUACUAAAUUUUUAGGGUUUUUUUAUUAUUUAUUAUAUUCAUUAUUUAUUUAUUUUUAUUUUUUGUUAGUGUGCAUUAGAUCAUAUAUUUCAAUGCUAUUUUGCGCCUAAUAAAUAAAUAAUUAUUAUAUGGACAGUUUUCAGAAGUUUGGGGACCAACAACUACCCCCAAAAGAGGACUUUUAUAGUAUUCUUACAGAUGAGGGCAUCAACGAUGAGCAAUAUGAACAUGCUCAAAACGUAUUGGAUACACUUGGGGUGAGGACAAUGGGAAAUUAUCACGAUCAGUAUCUCAAGAGUGAUAUUUUACUGCUGGCGGAUAUACUUGAGAACUUUCCUAAGACUUGCCUUCAGUACUAUAAACUAGAUCCUGCCCAUUAUUUUACAUCUCCUGGCUUGAGUUGGGAUGCUAUGUUAAUAAUGACUGGUAUAAAACUGGAGCUUAUGACUGAUGUGGACAUGUUCCAAUUUAUUGAA